AUGAGAGGUACCAUGCGAGUCUCAGUCAUGCUCCUCCUGGUGACUGUGUCCGACUGUGCCGUGAUCACAGGGGCCUGCGAGCGGGACGUCCAGUGCGGGGCGGGCACCUGCUGCGCAGUCAGCCUGUGGCUGCGUGGGCUGCGGGUGUGCACCCCGCUGGGGUGGGAAGGAGAGGAGUGCCACCCCGGCAGCCACAAGGUCCCUUUCUUCAGAAAACGCCAGCACCACACCUGCCCCUGCCUGCCCAGCCUGCUGUGCUCCAGAGGCCUGGGUGGCAGGUACCGCUGCUCCACCGACUUGAAGAACAUAAACUUUUAG